AGCGCCAGCAGCGCCCUGAUUGGCGCGGCGGAGCGGUGACGUACACGGAUGCGGAAGAGGGGUUGAGUCGGUGUGAAGCGGCGGCGUGCAGACAGAUCAGGGGAGAGGGCGUAGAACUGUGUGACUUUUAACUACAGGGGCUCAUCUUGCCGUCAUCAUGAACGCCAUGUUACUUACACCUUUGUGGUGCCUACUUGCUAUAUCCCUGCUACCCACAGCUUUUUGUAAAGAAGGCAGCAAAAAGUUACAAAUCGGGGUGAAGAAAAGAGUGGAAAAUUGCCCCAUUAAAUCUCGUAAAGGGGACACCCUCAACAUGCAUUACACAGGGAAGCUGGAAGAUGGCACUGAGUUUGAUAGCAGCAUACCCAGGGAUCAACCUUUCACUUUCACUCUAGGCGCUGGACAGGUCAUCAAGGGCUGGGACCAAGGUUUGCUAGGAAUGUGUGAGGGGGAGAAAAGGAAGCUGGUUAUUCCUCCAGAGCUGGGAUAUGGAGAUAGAGGUGCACCACCCAAAAUACCAGGAGGAGCCACUCUUAUAUUUGAGGUGGAGCUGUUGCGCAUUGAAAGACGAACGGAUUUGUAAUUGGGGAGGCGGGGGGUGUCUCAUUCCUUUGUACGGGGUCCUGUUUGUGCUGGAAGACCGCGUCUCACACAGUGCUGAAUAAAAACACAGACACAAA